AUGCUACAUUUACGGGCGGCUUUCAAACUGUUCCGCCGGGGAGCGCACACGAUCCCAAAGCAUCUCGAACCCAUACCCAACGAGCGCGAUCCGCCGUUUUCGAAGAUGGUGGAAUAUUGCUUCCACAAGGCAUGCAUCGUGCUCGAACCGCAGCUGAUUGAAUCAAUGAACAAGUAUCCUGCGAUGACAGCGGAAAAGCGUAUCAACAGAGUGCAGGCAAUCUUGAAGAUCAUCUCCAACAAUUCCAGCACACUCGAGUUCCAGUUUCCCUUCGUGCGUGACAACGGUAGCUACGAAAUGGUCACGGCAUUUCGAGCCCACCAUUGCCUUCAUCGCCUUCCGGUCAAAGGGGGCAUUCGAUACUCGUUGGAUGUGUGCAAGGAUGAGGUCGAAGCACUGUCGGCACUGAUGACCUUCAAGUGUGCCUGCGUAAAUGUACCGUUUGGGGGAGCCAAGGGCGGUAUCAUUAUCGACCCUGCUAAGUAUAGUGAAAAAGAGUUACAAAGCAUCACCAGGCGCUACACGGUGGAGCUGGCGAAAAAGAACUUUAUCGGUCCGGGCAUUGACGUGCCCGCCCCAGAUAUGGGUACUACGUCACGCGAAAUGUCUUGGAUAGCGGAUCAGUACGGGAAAACAUUUGGACAUCGCGACAUUAACACGAUGGCAGUCGUCACCGGCAAACCUUUGAAUCAAGGCGGUGUUCGAGGCCGAACAGAAGCUACCGGCAAAGGAGUCUACAUUGCGACCAAUUGCUUUACGCGCGAGGCCAGUUGGAUGCGCGAGAUCGGACUUGAACCGGGACUGGAAGGAAAGACGGUUAUUGUGCAGGGCUUCGGAAACGUGGGUCAGUAUGCUGCCGAACAUUUCCACAAGGCGGGCUGCAAAGUGAUUGGUAUUAUCGAAAAGGAUGUUUCGCUGCACUGCAAGUCCGGCAUCGACAUCAAAGCGCUCAGCCGAUACAAGACACAACAGAAGACGAUUAAAGGAUACCCAAAGGCAAACGAAUUUAAUGGCGAUUUGCUGCUGGAAGAGUGCGAUAUCCUCAUACCGGCAGCGAUGGAAAAAUCAAUAACAUCCGAAAAUGCGAAAAACAUAAAGGCUAAGAUUAUAGCCGAGGGAGCCAACGGUCCCACGACCCCUGCGGCUGAUAAGAUCCUGCAGGAACGCCGUAUUCUCGUCAUUCCCGAUCUCUACUGCAACGCUGGCGGUGUGACGGCGUCUUACUUCGAGUAUCUGAAAAACAUUAAUCACAUCUCAUUCGGCAAGCUAUCGUUUCGUCAUGAGGCUCAAAAUUUGCGUGAAGUGCUCGCGUCUGUGCAGGAGUCUUUGCGCAGCGCUGGUGUCUGCGUUACUGUGACGCCAAGUAAACACCUCAAACAUUACUUUGAACAUGCCAGCGAAGCGGAUGUGGUAACGUCCGGGCUGCAAUUUGUUCUAGAAACGGCAGGAAAAGGAAUCAUGAAUGUAGCCUCACAGCACCAGCUAUGUUUGGACAUCCGAACCGCGGCCUACAUCUGGUCGGUGGAGAAAAUUUUCAAAUCGUACGAAGAAGCAGGACUUUCUAUGUAA